UGUAUUUGAUGUUAACAUUCUUGAAAAGCUUUCUUUUAAAGCACUUUCCUCUGACAAAAUGGUUCCAAUUGUUUUGCUGUUUUCUCACAGGUCCAAACUCAGAACAAUGAGGCUGAUCUUCCUUGUGUUCCAGCUUGGACUAAUUUUAAGGACCGAGGCCCAGCUACCAGAUGCUUGCAUUCUUAGCGAUACAAACAGACCUCCAAAAAAUACGGACAUAACUGUGGUCUGUGGCACUCAGAAUAUGGACCUGAGCAUCUACAUCUGCCCUAUGUACCAAGCUCUUUACAAUGAGUCAAUGAUGGUCCUCAAUAAUCAGUUCAAUACACCUGAGUGUUUUGGGAAAGCUGACUGGAACGUGACCCCACCUGUCUUAAAAUUCAGAUUCCCCAUUAAUGAAAGUGUUAUCUCAUCCUGCAAAAAUAGCUUUAAGAUAACCACUCAGGUUGGAACUGGACAGUUUGCGGACUUCUCAAAUGUCCAGUUCGUCAACAUCUCUGGCGCUGUUACCUCUGUAGACCCCUCUGCGGGUAUGAUCACCUAUCGCCAGCAGAUCAAGUACAUGUUUUCCUGCUUCUACCCAAUGCAGUAUAUCCUGAACAACACUCAAGUGGCCGUAUCGGGUGUGAGUCUUGCCAUAAGAGACAACAAUGGUAGCUUCAUCACCACACUGAGUAUGCAGCUCUACGAAGAUAGCCUUUACACAAGGAUCCUUACUAUCCCAGAAUCAGGGCUAAACCUGAAGACCAAGAUUUAUGUUGCCGUUAAAGCUACCAAUCUAACAGAAAGGUUCAACGUGCUGCUGGACAGAUGCUACGCAUCAACAAAUCCAUAUCCCAUGCUCACCACCUAUUAUGACCUUUUUGUAGGGUGUCAACGUGACCCACAAACUAAGGUGGAACUCAAUGGGGCGUCUCAGAAAGCAUACUUCUCCUUUGAGGCCUUCAGAUUUGUGGAGCACAAAAAUCAGACAGUUUCUACUUUCUACCUGCACUGCGUCACCAGGCUCUGUGAGGUGGCCUCGUGUAGUGCGUUAAUGCCUACCUGUGGUGCCAAAAGGAGAAAGAGAGCGGCUGCAGAUGCGAUUGGCAACGGAACAGUCACCUCGCCUGCCAUUGUUGUGGGAAAACUAAGCAGUGGUGAUGCUCAAACUUACUCGGCUUCUCUAGGUAUGCCACCUGAGGCCAACUACAGCAGCCCUGUGGUGGCUGUAAUUGUCUGCAUCGUGAUCCUAACUAUUCUCCUCGUUGCCAUGGGUGUUUACUUUGCGUUGUUCAUCAAACGGAAAAAAGCAAUCAUGCAGUAACAUACCCUGAGUGAGAGCAGAAUCCCUUCACCUAUCUCCCAAAUAACCAGUUUAACCGUCAUCUACAAAGUAUCACCAUUAUGCUGCAGAGACAGUAAAACAAGUAAUGAGAAACAAUAGAAAUAUCAUACUAUACUACUAUUUUCCAUUUCACAAACAGCAAUAUAACAAGGUGGUCAGCAGUAAUCUAGGCUUGCAACUAUAUAACCAUUAUAAGUCACAUCAUCUGUAAUGUAAUUGAGCAUUAUAAUUACAUGUUUUUAAUCAUGUUGUCAGUCUUAUUGUAGUAUUUAAUCAAUGGUGGCAUCUUUUGUAAUCAUUUAGAAAUGAUGUACCUUUAAAGUGUUUUCAAUCAGAAUGAUGAAAA